ACGGCGCAACUUGGGACUCCUUCGCUCUGGUCAUUGCCGUUGCUCGUCGCAACAAGGACCGCGAUAUCGAUCCCCAUGAUAUUCCAUUCUCGAGACGAAGCGUAGCUUCCUUGAAGGUCUCCAAGAUGCCUGGAGUCAUAGUAGAUGCCGAUAAAGUGCCUGCGCCAGAGGUCGAUGCUGCCGUCACUACCGAACCCCCCGUCGAUGAAACACCGCCACGAGAAUAUACCGUCUUUAGAGAAAACAUCUCUCUCGACAUUGACUUCCGCCAGAAGUCCAUCAAAGGUCGAGCAGACAUCUUUAUUACUGCGAAAGACUCGAAUCUGUCCGAGGUUUUCAUCGACGCCCGCCAGUGCCAGGUAGAUGUAGACAACGUCACCGUGAGCAGCUGCCCUGCUAAGGCGGCCUACACCGAUCCACACGCUUGCCUCGAGACACCGAAGGCGUAUCGGUGGUCAGCAUCUCAAUGGGCCAUUAGGAAACAACGAAUGCGCCCCGUUCAACACCGCCGGAGAGUGGAGCUAUCAGCAUCGGAACACGAGGAACGCUUUUGCUGCACGCCAGCUGACGGAUCUUUGCAAGUCACCAUUCCACCCCUCAAGGACAUCCAGGCGAGCAUAGCAAAGCUUCGAGAGAAAGAUGGCCUCCGGAAACAGCAGAAGGAGCCUUGGGAUAAAGUGGUCGAGGAUAACAAUGGGUCGAUGGUUCACAAAAUCAGCAUCCCUUUUACCCUCACAAACAUACGUGAUGGGCUCCAGUUCGUGGGAGUUGAGGAGACUGACGUGCGAUAUCCACAUGUCUACACGCGGCACUCCGUCGAACCUGGUACCGCCUCUUCCAUAUUUCCUUGCAUAGACGACCCAGGAUGUCGGUCUGCCUGGAAGAUUUCAAUCACCUUCCCGCGAACCCUUGGGGAUGCUUUCCACCAACCUCUUGCUACACAGCAGCAGUUCAAUGACAACGGAAGCCGCAAACGCAACCACGGCGAGGACGAGCCGAGGAAUCGAGUGUUCGGCCUUACUGAAGAAGACAAGCUGUUGGAGAUGACAGUUGUUUGCUCGGGAAGGCUGGAAGACGAAGCUGUUAGCCAAGACGAUCAAACGAAGAAAACCAUGACAUUCAGCUGCGAGGGCAAAGCAGCACAUCAUAUUGGAUUUGCCGUGGGUCCUUUUGAACACGUCGAUCUUUGGUCCGAGUUCAGGAGCGAAGAAGACGACGAGAAGCUUGCCGCGAUAGCUACCAAGAUCCAUGGUUACUGCCUUCCCGGCCGUGCUGACGAGGUCAGCAAUACUUGCGCUGCUUUGGUGACGGCAAUCGACCACUUUGUCCUGACCUUUGGCCGUUACCCCUUCGACAGCUACAAAGUCUGCUUCGUUGACGAUAUGGUCACCGACACCGUUCCGCUAGUAGGCUUUUCGCUUUGCACCACGAGGAUGCUCUUCCCACAGAGAGUCAUCGACACGGAAGUAGAGAUGACCAGGACCCUGGUGCACGCGCUCGCCAGCCAGUGGUUCGGUGUCAACAUUAUACCCGAUCGAAAAGCGGACAUCUGGCUCGUCGUCGGCAUUGCCUGGUUCAUGACCGAUCUGUUCAUGAAGGUGCUCUGCGGAAACAAUGAGUAUAGAUUCAGAAUGAAGGCCAUGUCUGACAAGUUGAUCGAAUUAGACGUCAACCGACCAUCACUUCAGUCGCUUGGCGAGCAUUUACACCUGGGCGAUUUCGAGAUUGACUUCAUGAAUCUCAAGGCUCCUUUGGUCCUCUUCAUCCUAGACAGGCGACUUUCCAAGUCCUCUGGGUCUGCCGGCAUCACCCGAAUCAUUUCCAAGAUGGUCAGUAAAGCCAACACUAGUGGUGAGGCUAGUGACCAGAUUUUUGUUUCGGAGCCGUUCCGCAAACACUGCGAAAAGUACGGCCAGACCCGGCUGGAGAGCUUUUGGGCUCAGUGGGUGAUAGGUUCCGGCUGCCCACGUUUUGACGUUUAUCAGAAGUUCAACAAGAAGAAACUCUGUGUUGAGAUGACCAUCCGGCAGAUCCAGGAUAUGGCCGCUGCUAAGACGAGGCCACUCGAGAAGAGUGCAUUCUGGAGGGAUGUCAUGGAAGAAAACCAUGCGGUGUGGGCCGGGGAGUUGCAGCACUCUUUCUCUGGCCCAAUGACGAUCAGGAUUCAUGAGGCCGAUGGGACACCAUAUGAACAUAUCGUGGAAAUCAAAGAGGAGGGUGCUAAAUCCGUCAAAUUUGAUAUCCCUUACAACACCAAGUACAAGCGCCUCAAGAGGAACCGCCGCCAACGGGAACGGCAACAGGCGGGUAACACGUCUAAACAGAACGAAGACAACCAGGAAGAGUCUCUGCUAUACUGCCUUGGCGACGUGAUCCAAACCGAGGAAGAACUGAAUGACUGGGGCUUCACCGACUGGGACGAAAAACAAGAAGCCGCAAUGGACCAGGAGUCUUAUGAAUGGAUCCGAAUGGAUGCUGAUUUCGAGUGGGUCUGCUACAUGCAGACUAAUCUUCCUGCUUACAUGUAUGUUUCCCAACUGCAGCAAGACCGGGACGUCGUCGCCCAACAGGACUCUAUGCUCUAUCUCGCACAGAAGAGCAAGAGCCCGCACCCCUUGGUCUCGACCAUCCUCACUCGCACUCUGGUUGAUCAACGCUAUUUUCACGGCAUUAGAACCAUGGCUGCCGAGAUCCUUCCCAAACAUGCCGUCGAGUUGCUUUCGCGCAUAGGACUUAAGCAUCUCCUAAAGGCGUAUCAGCACUUUUUCUGUGUCGAGGGGACUUACACACCGCGGCCAAAUAACUUCUCAGAUAAGCGCCAGUACUUAGUUCAGUGCGCAAUCCCAGAAGCCGUUGCGCAAGUUCGAGACAAGGAUGGCAAAUGUCCAAAGGAGGCUCGGCGUUUCAUCCUGCAGCAGCUUCAGUGCAUUGACAACGACGAAAAUCCGUAUUCGGAUCAUCUUUACAUCUGCAAACUUAUAUGUGCUCUUGCGACAUGCCAAAUCCCGGACGAGAAGAAGGAAAAGCCGUUGCCUAUGUCUCUGACAUUCGGCGACGGUGACGAAGACGACGAAAUUGUCGAUCCCGAACCACAAGAGUUCAAGGAGUUGGCAUUGGAGGAGAUUGAGCGAUACCGUAGGAUGGACGAAUAUUCUCCUUCAUUUCAAAACUGCUUCACCGUUGCAGCUCUUGACGCCAUGUGCCGUCUGAUGAAGGCUAAAGUCGUACCGAUCAAUCCAAUCCUCUUUGUCCAGUACUUACAAGAUCGGACGGUUGAUGUUGUUCGCAUCAAAGGCUUUGAGGCUAUGGUCGAGCUCGGGCAAUUGUCGAGGGAAGUCUUCCUGAAAUUCUUUCUUUCGGUUCUGUCUACGGACCCUUCCCCCUACGUCCGUGAUCGGCUCUUCAAGAUAUUCUGCGGUGGUCUAGCGAGCAUUGCAUUCGGGGAAAGCGGGAGAGCAGAGAAAGACAAACCCGUUUCUAACGAGAGUGGUCUAAUUGUCGAGCAAGACAGUUCUGUCAUUGAGGCCAAACAGAAAGAGAAAGCUCGCAGAGAAGAUCUGACGACUGCACUUGCUGCCCUCAAAGAAGCGACCAAGAAUGACAAGGCUUUGUUGAGGACCCUCUGGAAAACUCUGGACUCUCCCGUCUUGUCUGUGGCGGAGAGACGAAAUCUUCUUGAGCUCUGUUCCAUCUUAACCGAUGAGGAGGACUCGCUGGUUGUGGCCUUCAAAUAUCCGACGUACUGGACAGCUCAACGCGCGGAGAAGAAAGGCGGCAGGCUCUUGGUCACCUUUAAGCGUCAUUUCAGGACGAAGUCGCGGAAGACGUAUGUUGCGCAGCCGAUAUCCGUACGCCCGGAGCCCAAACGAACAAUUACUUUGAACCUCAACAGAAGUACGAGCUCCACCGCCGCCCGGGCAGCUACUCCAGUCGCGGCAACUCCUCCACCUCUACCGCCGCCAGUAGUGAAACCUGCCGCCAAACCCACGGUUACGGUUGCUACGCCGCGACCAAUUGCCACGAAUCGCCCCGCCUCGCCCCGGCCGGCCAAAGAGAUACGCCGUGAUAGUAUAGCAGUCCAAACGCCUCGACCAAGUAUUGAGAUCACGGCACCGACUGAGCGGAAACCUCUUCCUCAAGCUGUGAAGCCCUCAGCACCAGACACAGUCGCUGCACCAGUAAAGUCGUCAGUGCCCACCAAGGCAUCGGCACCUGUCAAGGUGUCUGCACCUGCUAAGACAUCCGCACCUGUCAAGACCGCGCCUGUGAAGACAUCAGCACCAAUGAAAUCUUUAGGACUCAACAAGGCUUCGGGGUCUAGCAGAGGCCCAGCCGCUCUCAAGGGUUCGGCACCUGCCAGAAUCCCUAUCAAGCUGGCAGGUCCUGUGAAGACUGGGACACCUCCUCCUAUGACUAAUCGGCCUGGUGGUUUGGCCACCAACAAUGGCCAUCUGGCCCCAAAGACCUUGAAGCGACAUAGCACAGAGCCAAGUGAAGGGCCUCGACCGACGAAGCUGGUCAAGCUGAACACUAAGGGGUUCCCUCCCCACGUCUUCCAAAAGCGAUCGAGGAAGGUCACUGUCAAGUUCACAAAAUGGGACAAGCUCAAGAUUAAAGCACCCAAGCAGCCACGUGCACCCUCGGAGGCCGGCUCUAUUCGUGCUACCCCGAAGGGCCCGUUGGUUGUGGAGCGCUCAAACUCGAUUAAGGUGUCCUCGCCCGCUGCCUCUCAGUCUCCUCAGCUGUCCACCCCAACAACAGCAAACAAUACAUCCUUCUCCCCGCCCCCCUCAGCUUCUCAGAUAUCAUCCAACUCGACUUCAUAUUCGCAGACGAGUGCUGCCGGGAAUGGAUCGAAGCCUGCUCGCAAGCCUCUACCCUCAGGAGACCGCAAACCUCUACCCUCAGGGGAACGCAAGUCUCUACCCUCUGGAGGUCGCACUAUGUUGCCAUCCGGCUCAGCGCAUCCACCCCCUACGCAGCACAGCAAUACUUCUGCUGCUCCUCAAAAGACGAAGAUCAAGCUCAAGGUCAAGCCAUCUGUGCAGCGGUAGCAAUGCGCGUGUCCCGAUGAAGAUACCCACUACACAGUUUCACCGGUAACUUUACCCUCACUACGCCCCGAACCCUCUGACUGCCAAUCUCCCGUAUCUUUCGGACAUACGUCACCUUUACAUCCCCCUCCGUCUUCCGUGGCAUCCACGGGCAAGUCUGGGGCGGAACGAUAAUCCUAGCUUUAACAGAAGCACAUUGAGCAGCCGACUCAGGCUGGGAACGAGGACCAAGCUCCGGUUGACUUUCAUUACGGCAUAUUUCGUUCCAUUGUACACCAACCCCGCAUAAUCACCAAACUGCAUAGCAAGGCGUUUCGGAAGGAAGUGGCAAAGCUAAACAGGCUUUACCUUUGAUUGAUUGAUUUUGCGUUGACUCCGAUGGCCACGAUCUGCCGUGGCAACCCAGCAUGAUGCGAGUAGCUAAAUUCGUU